AUGGCUCUGGGUGUGAAAGACUUCAUCGACUAUGUCGACUAUGAUAAGCAGAGCUUGUACAUCUCUGCUGCGUCUAUUGCCUUUAACCCGCUCUUUUGGAACAUUAUCGCCCGUCAAGAAUAUCACAACAAGGUCCUGACCAAGCUCUUUGGAGGUAACUCCCAGGUUGGCUGUUAUGCUCUUGCUGCCACCAUCUUCUCUCUCGGUAUGGUUCGCGACUUCAUCUACAAGAGUGCCAUUGCCGAGCAACCCACGCAUCCCGCCCUUGUCAACGAGUACAUGCAGGCCGCCGCUGCCACCCUCUUUAUUGUCGGUAACGUCCUGGUUGUCUCUUCAACCUGGCGACUCGGCAUUACUGGAACGUUCCUCGGUGACUACUUUGGCAUUCUCCUGGACGAGAUGGUGACUGGCUUCCCCUUCAAUGUGACCGGUUCUCCCAUGUACACUGGCUCUACUUGCAGCUUCCUCGCUACCGCAAUUUGGUAUGGCAAGCCUGCCGGUGUCCUGCUCACCCUCUGGGUUAGCUUUGUCUACAACAUCGCCCUGCGAUUUGAGGAUCCUUUCACUUCUGGAAUCUACGCCAAGCGCGAACGUGAGCGUGCUGGAAAGAAGUCCACCUAA